AUGGAGGAACUAAAGCCAAGCGCAGUGAACUCAGCUCCCCUAACACCAAUAGGUUUCUUGGAAAGAGCAGCUACUGCAUAUGGGGAUUGCCCAUCCAUCAUCUACAACAACACCACUUACACGUGGUCUCAAACUAACCGUAGAUGUCUCCAAGUAGCAUCGUCUCUAUCAUCCUACGGAAUCACGCGUGGUCACGUGGUCGCCGUAGUGGCCCCCAACAUCCCGGCCGUGUACGAGCUUCAGUUUGCCGUGCCCAUGUCAGGUGCCAUCCUCCAUAGCAUCAACACACGUCUUGAUGCAAGCACCAUUUCCAUACUCCUGCUUCACAGCGAAUCGAAGCUCGUUUUCGUUGAUUGUCUCUCACGUGACCUCAUCCUUGAAGCCGUGUCUUUGUUCCCUCCAAACACAAAACGCCCUACGCUCGUCCUCAUCACUGAUGAUGCUGAUGCCGCUGCAGCACAAUCAUCAUCACUGACCGCUGAGUUUAGCUGCUCUUAUGAAAGCAUGGUUGAGAAAGGUGAUCCUGGGUUCAAGUGGGUCCGACCUCAGAGUGAGUGGGAUCCAGUGGUCUUAAACUACACAUCAGGGACUACCUCAUCUCCUAAAGGCGUGGUCCAAUCUCAUAGAAGCAUUUUCAUCAUGUCCGUCGCGGCGUUGAUCGAUUGGAGCGUUCCAGAACAACCCGUUUAUUUGUGGGUCUUACCAAUAUUUCAUGUCAAUGGAUGGAGCUAUCCAUGGGGCAUGGCGGCAGUUGGUGGAACCAAUAUCUGUCUCCGUAAAGUCGAAGCCUCCACAAUCUACAGCUUGAUCGAAAGACACGGUGUGACUCACAUGUGUGGUGCGCCUGUGGUGCUAACCAUCCUAACAGCCUCUCCUAACGUUAAGCCGCUCAAAAACCCAGUUCACAUUUUAACCAGCGGAGCACCACCUCCACCAGCCGUGCUACUCAGGACUGAGUCACUGGGUUUUGUGGUGACUCAUGCGUACGGGUUAACUGAAGCAGCAGGGCCAGCGGUGUCCUGUGCAUGGAAACCAGAGUGGAAUACACUUCCAGCAAGUGAGAGAGCUAGACUAAAAGCAAGACAAGGAGUUGCCAUGGCUGGGUCUACUGAGAUGGACGUUUUGGAUCCCACUACAGGAGAGAGCGUGAAACGGGAUGGGAUUUCAGUUGGUGAAGUUGUUCUGAGAGGUGGGUCUGUCAUGUUGGGCUAUUUAAAAGACCCAAUCGGCACAUCAAAAUGCAUGAAAGAUGGUUGGUUUUACACAGGAGAUGUGGGUGUUGUGCACCAAGAUGGUUAUUUAGAAAUCAAAGAUAGGUCCAAAGAUGUUAUCAUCAGUGGUGGAGAGAAUAUUAGUAGCGUGGAGGUUGAGUCUGUGUUAUAUACGCAUCCUGAUGUUCAUGAGGCAGCUGUUGUGGCUCGACCUGAUGAGUUUUGGGGGGAGACGCCAUGUGCAUUUGUGGGCUUGAAAGAUGGGUUGGAUAAAAAACCCUGCGAAAAGGAUAUCAUUGAUUUUUGUAGGAAAAAUAUGCCACACUUUAUGGUGCCUAAGACUGUGGUGUUUAAGGAUGAGCUUCCUAAGACAUCAACAGGGAAGAUUAAAAAGUUUGUGCUCAAGGAAAUUGCUAAAGGUAUGGGUCCUGAAAAACUUGAGAUAUCAGGCACUGUAAAUUUUAAAAGGAAGAUCAAUUAUUCCAACUUGCGAAGCAAUGGACAAGAUAAUUGUGGGCAAGCAUUUCGAAAUAAGGCUUCCCAGGAUUACAUAGUAAUUGGAGAUCAAGGAAAAAGUAUCCCAAAAGCGAAUCAUCAUACACCUCCGAAAGUCAGAGAGUGGACGGUGGCUGAUAGGAGAGAAAGGAGAACUUCGCGGGCUAAGAAUCGGGAUCAGAAUGUUUUGAAAGAUAAGGGCCGUGAUUCUGUCAAUCAUUUUACUGCUCUCGAUGUUAAUGAAUCUAAUACUUACGAGGGGCUCGAUCCGUUUUCUAUGGAGGCUAAAUCACGGUUUAAAUUAUAUAGAAAAAAGAAUGAGGCUUUUAGUAAAAGGGUGUCUGGGACCCAAGCCCAAGUCCCUUUUGGACAUGAUUUACGUCAGGGUCCAUCCUCAAGUUUGGUUCCUUCACCUGCAGAUGAUCCCAAUGGUUUGUACCAGGAUUAUAAUUUGAUUAGACUGUUGGUUGGCCAAUUACAACAAGCUUUUAAUGGUGUUGCAUGUCACCAGGUUAGCUUACAUAAUGGAGCUAUAUCUCUUCAUGAACAAGUAGGGCAGCCAGUGAUGGGUGAUCCUUCUAACCCUGGUAUUCCUCAGGAUAGAAACAUUAUUUCCACUAAGUCUGUACCACCCCAUGAUCCUGUUGUCACUGUUGUGGGUGCAGAGGAUACUGGCAUUGAGGAUGUUGAGUAUGUGAAUGCUUUUGUUAUGGAAACUAAAAGUGGGGCUUUCCCUUAUGCCAAGGAAGCUUCAGUUUUCUAA